AUGUUUGUAAGACCACCUACAGUACGAACAACAAGAAAUCCUCGCAGACGCCCACCGUCUGUUCGUGUUCCUUUAGCAGAAGUCAGUCGUCCUCUAUUAAGACAGUUCGUACGUAAUCGUCGGUCUGAUCCACGUUAUGAAGCGUAUUUUUUGGAAGUCAGAGAAGGACCUGCAGUUAAUGGUAACACAAAUGCGGCUGCCGGAAAGUCGAUGCCUCAACCUUGGGUAACUGUUCGCGACUAUUUCAAGGGACAAUAUUCUGUUGGUCUUCCUGUUUCUAUUUGUAAUACAUUGCUGAAACAUUUGCUAACAUGUGUAGUCGUUGAAGAAGAGCAGCAGUCAGAUAGCUCGGAGGACAGUGAUAUCGCCAGCGCUUCAUCACCACUUCCAGAAGCUACACAGAAUGCAAGUCCAACUCAAGCUUCUGGUGAUACUAAGUCACCAGGUGAAGAGGCUACCUCUGAAGAAGCUUCUGUGAACAAGAAGCGUUCAUCCAGGGUCCGACAAAAAGUAUUUCAGCUUAGUCGAUUAAAGCCCAUAAGGAUAGUGUGUGAAGCCACAGGAUGUACCUUGGAAGUUACAGCUCGUGAUCCAACAGCUAAGCGUCCAUCCGCCGGUUCGGAAGAGCCAACACAGACAGUUCAAGCAGAUCCUGAACGACGCUGGUUGAUAUCUGCUCCGUUGGAAAUUCGGACCAAUGUUUCUUCAAGUGGUGAACAAACUAUAGAUAGUAGCGGUAUAGGCAGUACAACCAGUGGUAAUGGUAAACGAAAACAUCCGUGGGAAACACGUGGUACAUUGGAAUUACAUGAAAGUUUAAUGCCUCAGGUGUCAGCAUUCCUUGCUGACGUUGUCACACGAUACCGUUCAGUUGAUUUAGUUCCUGAAGUACGAUCACUUUAUAGUGCAUCUGGCGGAAGGAGGUUCUUCUUUGAUUUACGGGAUACUCGGUGGGGCAAACGACUCCACAUUUCCCAAGUUACUGAACUCCAUCGUAAUGUCAUUGGUAUUCCUCUUGAAGCGCUAGUGAGUUUUCGUUCAAGAUUGGAUAUGGUGAUUGAAAGUCUAGGGUUGGAGGACCAACAUGCUUUAAGAUCAACUAUUUUCAGAGAUGGAGAAAAUAGGUCAUCUCGUAAACAACCGCGUGCACCAGUCUCACCUCGAGAUGCUUCAAAUGAAGCUGGAGAUUCUGGAGAUAGGGAAAAUGGCACUCAAAACGACGUUCAGAACAAUCGAGUUGACACUAACAAUACAGGAAAUCGCACACGUGGGCGUGAAAGACGUCGUUUGCGUACAGGUGGAUUUGUGAUGAACAGUAAAGUAGGUGAAAAUACAGAAACAUAUACGAGUGAAUCUAGACCACGUCGUAAUAUGGGGAAUAGGUUCGGAAGACGUGGUUUUUGGACGAAUGGUGGACGUGAACGCCCAAUUAUGAGAAGGAAUAGGAAUCCACGGCCUUUUAAUCGAGGUCAAAAGACAUCCUCUGGGGAAAAUGAAGAUGCUGACGUGAGUUCAAAAUCCAAUACUCAGAGUGUACCAGAACCUGCAGUUGAACCUGCUAGAGUAGCGCCUGCGGCUGAGGCGACUGCAUAA